AUGUAUAAAUUUUGGAAUAAUAAUUUGACUUACAAUGGUGUCAUUAAUAAAACCUUACGGGGAAAGAAAUUUGGUUUAAAAAAUGUGAUUGUGAAAAGAUGUGUAACAUCACACAAUACAAAUUUCAAUAACCUUUUCCCAGAGAGAGUAGACUUUCCUAGUAGACACAUUGGUCCUAGAGAUCAAGAUGUAGUUACCAUGUUAGAUUUACUUGGAUACAAAAGUUUGGACCAGUUGACGAAUGACGCAGUGCCUAGAAAAAUUCAACUACAAGGUCUCAUGAAAAUCGAUGAACCUAUAAGUGAAUAUGACCUUAUUGAGCGAGUUCGAAAAAUUGCGGAGAAAAAUCAAAUAUGGCGCUCAUACAUUGGAAUGGGUUAUCACAACUGCUGUGUCCCGCACACUAUAAUGCGUAAUCUUUUUGAAAAUCCAGGAUGGACUACACAAUACACGCCUUAUCAACCAGAGGUAGCUCAAGGUCGAUUAGAAGGCCUUCUAAAUUAUCAGACUAUGGUCAGCGACCUUACGGGUUUGGAUGUCGCAAAUGCAUCCUUAUUAGAUGAAGGCACGGCUGCAGCAGAAGCUUUAUCCCUUUGUCAUAGACAUAACAAAAGAACAAAGUUCGUGGUAUCAGAAAGGCUGCAUCCGCAAACACUAGCGGUAGUUCAAACCCGUUUGGACGCUUUGGGUCUCGAAGUGAAAGUGGUUCCGGAUGUGCGCAGCGCUGACUUUGCUCAAAGGGACAUUUCAGCGGUUCUAUUACAAUGCCCUGACACCAGAGGAUUAGUUUAUGACUAUUCAGCUCUAUCAGCUGUAGCGCACGAACAUGGGACGCUGGUUGUAGUUGCGACGGAUCUUUUGGCAAUGGCUUUGCUUCGUCCCCCAGCGGAAUGUGGUGCUAACCUUGCAGUCGGCACUUCACAACGGUUAGGAGUUCCUCUAGGCUAUGGAGGACCUCAUGCUGGCUUUUUCGCAGCACAACACAGCUUGGUUCGAUUAAUGCCAGGACGUAUGGUGGGAGUUACGAGGGAUGCUUCUGGCAGAGACGCGUAUAGAUUGGCUCUACAGACGAGAGAGCAGCACAUUCGCCGUGAUAAAGCAACUUCGAACAUUUGCACGGCACAGGCCCUUUUAGCCAAUAUGUCUGCUAUGUUCGCCGUGUAUCACGGGCCGCAGGGAUUAAGGGACAUCGCAACUCGAGUUCAUAACGCUACACUUGUGUUAGAUCACGGUAUAAGAGAACGAGGUCACAAGCAAUCCAAUGAAGUUUACUUCGAUACUCUUCACGUUGUACCUCAUCCUGAUCAUGAUGCUAAUGCUAUCAAAGCGCGAGCGCAAGAGAAAAAGAUAAAUCUACGAUACUUCGACGAUGGUGCCGUUGGAGUGGCAUUAGAUGAAACAACUACUAUGGAAGAUGUCGAAGAUUUAUUAUGGAUAUUUGACUGCAAGAAAGUUAAUGAUGUUACACAAAUAGGCGAUGUGACGACAAGAAGUGUAUUGAAGGGCCCCUUCCGAAGAACAUCGCCUUACUUAACGCAUCCAGUAUUUAAUAUGCAUCACUCCGAAACAAGAAUAGUGCGGUAUAUGAAGAGAUUGGAAAACAAAGAUAUUUCACUCGUUCACUCAAUGAUACCACUGGGUUCCUGCACAAUGAAAUUAAACUCUACGACCGAGAUGAUGCCAUGUUCGUUCAGGCACUUCACGGAUAUUCAUCCUUUCGCACCACUUGACCAGUGCCAAGGUUACCAUACGCUGUUCGAAGAGCUCGCAAGGGAUCUUUGCGCGAUCACAGGUUACGACCGGGUUUCGUUCCAACCUAAUAGUGGUGCGCAAGGUGAGUACGCCGGUCUAAGGACGAUUAAGCGGUACCAUGAAUUCCGCGGCGACGCCGGGCGGAAUAUCUGCCUGAUCCCUGUGAGCGCUCAUGGCACGAACCCCGCCUCCGCGCACAUGGCCGGUAUGCGAGUCUGCGCCGUGCGGGUCAAGCCCUCCGGAGAUAUCGACAUGGAGCACCUUAAAGAUCUGGUAGAAGAGCACAGUGAGAAACUGUCGUGUCUAAUGCUGACGUAUCCGAGUACGUUCGGCGUAUACGAGGAGCGGGCGGCGGACGUGUGCGCGAUGGUGCACGCACACGGCGGGCAGGUGUACCUCGACGGAGCCAAUAUGAACGCACAGGUUGGGUUAUGUCGGCCGGGUGACUACGGAAGUGACGUGUCCCAUUUGAACCUGCAUAAAACGUUCUGCAUCCCUCAUGGCGGAGGAGGGCCAGGAAUGGGGCCCAUUGGCGUUAAAGCUCAUCUUGCACCAUUCCUGCCAUCGCAUCCUGUGGUAGACCCUUUGGCUGAUUUGGGUGACGCAGCGCAUAGUUUUGGUUCAGUUAGUGCUGCUCCAUUUGGGUCUUCCGCCAUUUUGCCAAUCUCUUGGGCGUAUAUAAAAAUGAUGGGGCCGAAGGGAUUGAAGCGGGCGACGCAAGUAGCCAUUUUAAAUGCCAACUACAUGUCAAAAAGACUGGAAGGUCACUACAAGACAUUAUACAAAGGCGAGAGGGGUCUUGUUGCGCAUGAAUUUAUUAUUGACGUGCGGGACCUUAAAAAGAGCGCAAACAUUGAGCCUGGCGAUAUUGCAAAGCGACUCAUGGAUUAUGGUUUUCAUGCACCUACGAUGUCGUGGCCCGUGCCCGGGACGCUGAUGAUCGAGCCCACUGAGUCUGAAGACUUACAGGAGUUGGAACGUUUCUGUGAAGCACUCAUUUUGAUUAGGAAAGAAAUCAAGGAUAUAGAAGACGGCGUGAUUGACAAGCGGUUGAAUCCUCUUAAAAUGGCGCCCCACACACAAGAAGAAGUAAUAACAGAGGAUUGGAAUAGGCCGUACACAAGAGAGCAGGCUGCUUUUCCAGCUCCAUUUGUGAAAGGCGAAACAAAAAUUUGGCCCACUGUUGGUCGCAUAGAUGACAUGUAUGGUGACAAGCAUUUGGUGUGCACCUGUCCUCCGGUUCUGGAUGAUUUCUGA